CACUGCAGACAACACGAUGAAAACCAAGAUUUCCCUGUUGAAUAUUUGCCUCCUAUUCUUGGUUGCGGAGAGGGGAGCCCAUGGUCGCUCCCCUAUUUCUGUGCCUUGGAAUAUCGUCCGACACGAGGAGCUUCGAUCACCCAAAGAAAACUUCACCUCCGAGAACAUAACAUCCUUUGUGAGGGCAAACCAGGAGACAAACAAGUCAACGAUAAAGCAAACACUCGUUGUGUCUGAGACACCGAGAAAAUUCAGUUCUUCGUCUCACCGAAUACUGCACCAGGGAGUGAACUUGGACGUUACUAAACUUCUCGAUGAACUUGACUCGGUCGUGAAAAAGUUGCACAAAACGAUACAUGGUUCGUCGGUACGUGGUCCUUUACCUACCAGCAGGACGUUUGCUGACAGCAACCCACGCCACAGAGUCUCGCAAAUCGUCGGGAAUCUCCGCGAAGUUUUUCCUUACCUACAAAUUGUGAGGACUAAACGUGAAUCCAACAACUCAAGCAUGUCAGAAGACGAGACAAGCAGCGAUGAAAGUAAAACUAACUUCAAGAAUCAAACCACACAAGACGGCAUGCCUGAAGAAGAUGGACAUGAAUAUCUGCAGAGUCUACGCUACUGGUACAUGGUAGGUACCGAUUGGUUGAAGUCAUGGAGUGAAUCUUUAUCUUACGUCAAUGAACGAAUUUUGCAGUCGAAUUUUACCGAUGAGUAUCUGAAAUUGUUUAAUGGCUAUCUGAAGCAUUUCAAUGUGCAUAUCGAAACUCAAGAAGAGUACAAUCAAGCACAAGCCACGUACGCAAGAACUGAAAAUACAACAAGACCUAUUCGACCUCAGAGAAAAAAACGUUACAUUUCACAGGACUCUUUCGACGACUCGUCCAAGCUUAGUUAUUCCGUAGGGUCCGAUGACUACACUUACAACGAUCCUUCCUCCCUCAAAGAAAAGCUUCGGGAGUCUCUGAUGCGUUUAAACAAAAUUCCAAGUCGUGAGAAACCGUACCUCGAAGAACGUGACGACGGCUACGGUCACGCCAGUCACGGAGGAUAUGGUGGGGGUCAGAGCUACGCUCACUUGGACCCUUACCUCGUGUUAGCAGCGUUGGCAGCUUGUGUCUUCUUUGGAGUGAUAGCUUUAUCUUUGUACUGUAUGCUUAACCCCAUGGCCUGCUGCGCUCCAGCAGCUAACACCACUGCAUCUGAAGCACCUUCUCCCAAUACACCUUUGCCCACUACAACACCAGGUCUUUUCUAUUGAGGUAUUAUUUGUUUACCGCGAGAAAACAGUUGAUGCUUAAAAAAACUUCCUAAAAUUUGGGUUUCCUUCUUGAUAUUAUGCUUAUUUAAAGUUUUAAAAGGCGCACGCGGCCCCCACACAAAAAAGAAUCGAUGCAGGAAAUUUCUUCGUAACUGUUUAUUAUGCUCAGAUUUACAAUACAAGUAAAAUUCAACCUCGCAAAUAAUUGGUUUUUAGUACAAUUUUUUAUAUCUAGUUUGAAACCUGAUGGUGACACUUUUCUCUUUAACAAUCUUAGCCAUAUGCUGCGUAGCAUGUUUUACUUAUUCUUCUAAAGCGUGUUUAGAAUUGGACAGCAACACGAAAAAAGUUAUUAGAAAUGAAGAAAGAGUUUGAUUAAGCCAACAGCAUCAUAUGAGUAUAAUAGAAAUGUAACAUCUGAGGAUCGCGCAUACAACGAUAGCGUACUAUACUUACAUGUCAUUUUGGUAUUUAUAAUUGGUGGUAUGUUCAUUAUGCUUCAAUUCAUUAACAUUGAUCAACAAAUUUUGACUGCGUUUAGAGAACGUGAGAUAAAAGUUAUCUAUGUCACCGAGGCUCUCUAUUUAAUAAUAUUAUUUUUUGGAAGGAGAUCUGGGUUGAAUUAUCUUCGGGGCUUUGUACAAAAGGUCAUAUUGGUAUUUGCAAGAAGAUUCAUUUGAAAUCAAUCCAUCUGUACUUUUUCGUAUCGAUUUACGAAUAAUAAAAUAUUUGUAUAUUUUAGUUUGUGUAAUCACCGCCAAGAUGUUGUUAGAUUAUUUUAUUUGAAAUUUAGGAUUUCUACACUAAUGCGACAUUCCUUCGUGUAAUAGACUUUAAUGAAUAAUUUAGGUAAGGGAAUGAAAAUCUUUGAACUAUUAUAAGAAUUGGCUGGAAUUGUGAAUUUCAUAAUUAUCCAUAUGCAUUUAUCAAACGGCUCCACUGAAAUUUACGUAGGGAAUUUCGCCGUUGAUCAGAAGUAUUUUACGCUGUAAAGACGAGUGUUUAUAAGACGACGCUCUCGAAUGUGGGUA